AUAACAGCUAACAGAGAUCCUCUUCCUCUUACUCAUGACAAAGCAAAGGAUUCUGUACCUGAGAAGAAAGAAGCUGUAUUGGGACAAUUCAACAAGACCAACUCUGUACGUGAUCGAAUGCGCAAGUUCACAGAGUCCGGCCAGAGCCCAAACGUCCCACCAUUGAAGAGAGCUCCUCUGAGAAACGGUGCGACCACCGGCAGCAGCGGCCAGACAAACUUCUCAAGAGCCGCUGAGCGCUUCACACAAACAGCAGCAUCCCUCGGCACAUCUGGAGACUCCACCUCUCACACAUCUGCCGCAUCUCAAAGUCAGGCUGCACCUCAGCCAAGAGGAGGGGCCAGCAAACCUCUGUCUGCAGCUGGCCAAUCGCAGGAUUCCGUGGGUGGGACGAGGCAUCCAGCUGAAAAAGAUGUGCACGCCUACAGUAACUCAAAGGAGGACAACAGCACCCAAGGGAGAGCAGCUGGACAGCAGGUCACCCAGGGAGAGGCAGACCCGGACAUGAAGACUUUCCUCACCAUUGAGAUCAAGGAUGGGCGCACCACCACCUCCUCUACAGCCUCCUCCAGGGGCAGCAUCGUCCCCAUCACCAACAUGACCCCACGCAUGGCCCCUAAUGCAUUGGGGCAGAGACCAGAGUUGACCCUUGGCCUCAGAGCAACUCCAUUCAAGAUCUCCUCAUCCAGCCUCUCCUCUGGAUCCUCUAUCAAGAUCGAGACGGAGCCUGUUAUGGCCUCUGAGCCGGUGUUUUCAUCUGGACCGUCUGUCCAGGUUCCGUGUCAAUUCCCAACCAUCCCCAACGGCUCCAGCACUCAGGCAAAGCCCGACGAGCGCUCCGGAAAGCUGACAGCCGAACAGCUGGCUGCCAUCGAGGAUGAAGAGCUCCUUGACAAAAUGCUCGAUGAGUCAAAAGACUUUGAGGAGAGGAAGAUGAUCCGUGCAGCCAUGCGGGACCUUCGCAAGAGAAAGAGAGAGGCCAUGCUGGGAUGCACACAGGAGGAAAUCGACCAAAGAGAGAAGGAGCGCGAGACCCGUCUACAAGAGCUCCGGCAGCAGAGAGAGGACCGUUCACAGAAAGGUCGCGCCGGGGUCGGAGCAGGAGAGGUGGUGAUGAGGAAAGUGGAGAAGUCUGCAGAUGGCUCCACCCUGAGUCAAGUCACAAAGACGAACCGCUUUGCCCAGUCUGAUGAUGGGAGCAGGUCGUCACGCAGCACUGUCGUCGAGGCCAGUUAUGUGCAGAAAACAGACAGAGGGACGGUCCAGUCAAAAUCAUUCAGCUUCACAUCUUCCAGUUCCUCUUCCUCCUCGAACACAAGCAAAAAAGUGGGCAGUGUCUUCGACCGCGAGGAUGACUCAUCGACUCGCAGUGGAAGUGGCGGGUUGGCCGCCGUGGAGCGACGGCAGGCGGAGAGACGCAAGGAGCUGAUGAGGGCACAGACUCUGCCAAAGACUUCUGCCAUGCAGGCCCGCAAAGCCAUGAUAGAGAAGCUGGAGAAGGAGGGAGGCGGCCCUGGAAACCAGGCGGUCGCCAAGGUAAACAAGGUGCAGCGUUCGACCAGCUUUGGUGUACCCAAUGCAAACUCAAUCAAGCAGAUGCUGCUCGACUGGUGCCGUGCCAAGACCCGCUCAUAUGAGCAUGUGGAUAUUCAAAACUUUUCGUCCAGCUGGAGCAACGGCAUGGCGUUCUGUGCCCUGGUGCACCAUUUCUUCCCAGAAGCCUUUGACUACGACUCGCUGAGCCCCAGCAACCGCAGGCAAAACUUUGAGGUGGCCUUCAACGCUGCAGAGAAGCUAGUGGACUGUCCCCAGCUGUUGGAUGUGGACGACAUGGUGAAGAUGCGAGAGCCGGAUUGGAAAUGUGUGUACACGUACCUGCAGGAGUUCUACAGAGGUCUGGUGACGAAGGGCCUGGUUAAAACCAAAAACUCAUCCUAGAGUCGCACCCGGCCUAAAACUGAACCCAUGGACAUGGGCCAACUGCAUGCCUUUGCUGGAAGUGGAGGACAUGAUGAUCAUGGGCAACAAACCCGACUCCAAGUGCGUCUUCACCUACGUUCAGUCUCUGGUCAACCACCUGCGCAGAUACGAGAUGUCCAUGGGUCGGCCCUCUGACCUCUUUGUUCAGUGAGCACUCGGCCUCAGCUUGGUGUUGUCUCACUCCCGCCUGAUGACCGUCUCCACUCUGGGCUGGGUCACAGAGUUUGUACAUCUCCAAUUGGACAAGUUGGGGAUAAUGUGUGUGUGUAAAUACGUGUGUGUGUGU